UAAUACUUGUGCAAGCUUCAUUCCCUUGCUUGCUGCAGAAGAGCGCUUAUUGUAGCUGCUGUCUCCCACGAUAGGCGUCCUUGAGUCGCGCAUUAUACCUCUCUUCCUCGUCUGAAUGGAGAUUUUAUAAUUUGGUUACAAGAUGGUGGCAGCGUCUUUUGCAUAAGACUUUUUUUUCAGAUUCUAGCUGGCAAAAUUGAGUUCAGAAUGUCUUCUGAUUUUUGGGCCAGUUAUGCAUCAGGUGCACUCGGGAUCCUCAUUGGCAAUCGGUUGGAUGUCCUAAAAGUGAGAGCCCAAGCAAGCGGUGGCAGUACGACCUCUGUUGGACUUUCUGAGUCUGCAACGAGAUUUCAGCAAUUUACAGGUCUUUUCAGAGGUGCCGCUGCACCGAUUCUGGGCUAUGGAGCUCUCAAUUCAAUCUUGUUCAUGACUUUCAAUAGGUCCUUGAUAUGGAUGGAUCCCAGCAUCUUCGAUUAUACAAAGCUUGCAGGAGUCGACCUGGGCAAGAUCUGGGCAGCCGGCGCUCUUGGUGGACUGGCCACUUUCGUGGUGUCCGCGCCUUCCGAGUUGAUCAAAUGCAGAGCCCAGCUAGUUGUGGAUGGGGAAGGGUCAUCCUUCGGUGUGUUCAAAGAGAUUUGGAAGCACAGAGGCGUAAGAGGCAUGUAUUACGGUGGUACAAUCACUGCUAUUCGAGACGCAGUUGGGUACGGUUGGUAUUUUUGGUCUUAUGAGUUAAGCAAGCGCAUGAUGCUUUCGAGACAGCCAGAUCCUUUUCUUCCUCCUACAGCUGCAGACGUGCUGAUAAGCGGAGGUAUUGCUGGUGUCAUAACCUGGGUGUCUAUCUAUCCUUUAGAUGUUGUCAAGACUCGCCUUCAGACUCAGCCCGCCUGGCAGCCAGAGAGACAAAGUCUUCUCCCGGGAGGACAUGCAAAUGCCCGGCAUAUACGAACCUCUGUGGAUCUGGCUCGAGAGAUCUGGCAAAGCUCUGGUGUUGCAGGCUUCUACCGCGGUAUUGGUAUCUGCAGUUUGAGAGCAUUUAUUGUGAAUGCUGUCCAGUGGUAUGCUUAUGAAAAGAUCAUGGCUGUUUUCGCAAAGUCUGGAUGACAGCCGUUUCAAGGCUAGUGGUAUGCUCAAGCCCAUCGGCAAUUUUGACCUUGUAUGACGGAACGUUGAUGAGACUUGUGAUGAUGUUGCUAUCGCUUGGAUGUCCUGUCGUUUUAUCUUGUGGGAGACUCUUGAUUUCUCGCAUGGGUCUGUCGGAACUUUUUUUCAGGUCGAAUCAUAUACGACAUCAG